AGACCUAGAAAGAAAGUAGGAAGAAGAAGAAGAAGAAGAAGAAGAAGAAAAAGUAGAAGUAGAAGAACGUGGGUGGAAACUGCUGAAUCUGUCUUUUUUUAAGGAGGUGAUAUAUUGUGUCAGACACACACAGUAAUCAUUCAGAGAUUGACACACAGAGAAGCAGCCAUGCACGGGUACACAUACCCUCCAGUGUUCACAGUUGAUGCUGCAGGUGGCUUUCAGCGUCAGCAUCAGGCUGAAGGUAUUGAACCUCCUCCGAUUCCCUGCUGGACAUUUCCUCCUGCUCAAGUUCGGGUCAAAAAAAGCGGUAGAGUAACAAACUCUGCAGGAUGCCUCCUGAUUAUGGUCCUCCUGACCAUUUUUGCUGCAAUGGGACUCGGGGCCUAUCAGAUCAGGAAGCUGCAGACUGAGCUGUUACAAAUGAAAGAGGAAAUGCCACCACAGACUGAAAGCAAUAUGCCACAGAAGCAAAUCGGGUACCAACAAGAUUAUGUAAGAGAGACCAAGCAUAAACCAGCUGCACAUCUAAUUGGACAAACCCAGGAUAAUAAAUCGAAGACCCUGAAGUGGGAGUCGAGGCAUGGUCGUGCUUUUACAGAUGGCAUUCUGUAUCGUGAUGGUGGUUUACAAGUGAAUGAUACGGGCCUGUACUUUGUCUACUCACGCGUGCAGUUCCUAUCAACAUUCUGCAAACCAAGGGACUCCCUGAACCACAUCGUGUACAUAAAGAGAGGGGAACGAGUAAUAAAACUCAUGAAUGAUCAUCGAGAAGGCUUCUGCCAAGUCAGUAAAAAUGAACUGUGGUCAGCUGGAAGUCACCUUGGCUCUAUUCAUCAGCUCAGACAGUAUGACUGGGUAUUUGUCAAUGUAUCAGAGCCAACCCGGCUCAGUUCCGACCACCAAAGUAAUUACUUUGGCCUUUUUAAACUUCCAUAAGCUUUCAAUGUGUUGCUCAAAUGUUUGACUGGCCAAUGUCUUGAGGAAAUAUGAAUAGUGUAUUUGAAUGGCCAAAUUGGCUGUUAUAUAAUGUUUACCACUAACACUACCAUGCUCUUGCUGUAAGUUGCAGUAGUGUUAAUUAUUUAUUUUAUACAUUCUUAUUAUGAACCGAAUUUCUGAGAAUUAUUUUAACUGUAAUCAAUAUAAUAAGGCGGUCAUAUUGACCAUAAAAAUACAUAAAAAUCUAUAUAAUAUAUUUUUUCGCAAUAAUUAGUGUUUAUUAAGUAAGAGAACAAUGUUGUACAAAUAAAUCUCUUUAAUAAAUAAAUGGUUAUGCAUUGCACAAAUAUUACUAUUUUUGUUACUAUUUUAAAUGGCUUAGUUAAUGUCCACUCAAAAAAAAAAAAAACAUGUAGUUAGCAUGAUAUCACACAGUUGUUGAUGAUGGCAGGGGAAACAGUGGGCUGAUACAGGGAGUGAAAGAGGAAAAUAUGCUAAAUAGUACAAUUAACAUAGUUUCCAGGUUUGUUUCGAUACUGACCAUAGAAUUAACAUUUUGUUUCACAAGUCAUUACAUUUUUCUUUUAAUAUUUUAUCAAUUAUCAAACGCUUUAAAUGUUUUCAACUUUCAGCAAAGAGAUGCAGCCUAUUCAGAGUUGCACACUGAGGUCUUAAAGACUCAAUUCUGCAAUGUUGCAGUUUCAUUCCUCAUCAUUUCUGCAAAGACCCUCAUGCUGGCUUCAUCUCAAAGCCACAUAGAUACAAGUAGUCUUGCUGUCUCUAAGAUACACACACACACACACACACACACACACACACACACACACACACACACACACACACAUUCAGAUUUCUGCUGCUGACGCAGAACACUGUGUCUUUUCUUAGUUUCCUUCCUGUGUUAUAACUUCAGCGACAGUACGUAAAAUUUCAGUCUGUUAAAUUUGGUCAAAACAUGUAAAGUGUAAUUUAAACUGCAUUUCACUUAUGAUUUCCAAUAAAACAA